AUGACCGGGGAAUUUCCUUCCCUCGUAUUCUCUUUGCUCUACUUUUCUUACAAUGCAACUCUGACAGCCAUGCUCAUGGGCUAUGAAUGGGUAUCAUACGCCCACAAACGAAAAGGCCUUCGGGUAUCGCACCAGCCCAAGGGCGCUCAGCGCUGCACCUACUUCCUCCAGUUGCCAUACCGGUUCAGCAUACCACUUCUAUUACUAAGUGCUCUAUUGCACUGGCUCGUCUCUCAAAGUUUAUUCCUCAUGUCCAUUGAUUUCUACGACAGUCUUGGCAGGCCUGGCGACAAUGAUCCAUACAAUUCCAAGUUCUUUGGAUACCAAACUGUGGGCUUCUCGCCGCCUGCUAUUGUUGCUGUUUUGGUGUGUGGUGGGUUAAUGACGAUUAGCAUCGUAGUCUUGGGUCACAUACCGUACAGGCGCGGCAUGCCUGUCGCAGGCAGCAGCAGCAUGGCCAUCAGUGCGGCGUGUCACUUAACGACGGCUGAAGAUGGAGCAAACGAGGGCACUGCGUCGAGUGAGAAGUUGCAAUGGGGCGUUGUGGCCAGGGCAGACAAUGGCCCUGGGCAUUGCGCAUUCUCGCCCAGAUCAGUAGAAGCGCCCGUCAAGGGCAAGUGA